AUGCCAUCGGAUAUCCGCUCCUUCUUCGGUGGCAAGCCUGCGGGCACUGCUGCCGAGAAGCCCAAGCCGGAGGAAGACAAGAGCAAGAAACGAGGACGAGCCAAGAAGAUUGUUAGUGACGAUGAAGAUGAUGAGCCUGCGCCAAAGAAAUCUACACCAAAGCGAGCUGCCACAAAGAAGCCAGAGCCCGAACCAGAAUUAGAAGAGACAAAUGCAGAGGACUUCUUUGGCAAGGGAAAGCCCAAGCGGACUGAAGUCGUGAGAACGAAGAGUGCUGCCAAAGAGAAGAACGGAGAGACGCCGAAGAAGGCAUCUGGGAAAACUAAUGGCACCAAAGCAACACCCAAGGGCAGGAGCUCAGCACGUGCGAAGAAGAACACGAGCUAUGUCGAUCUAGAUGCUGACGACUUUCCGGAUGACAACUUCGAGGAAGAUGCGGAUGAUGUAUUCAAGAGCGGCGCAGCAGUUGGCAAGCGUGUGGGCGACGACUACAAGGAAGGCACUGAAGACGAGGAUGACAAGCCGAUGGUGCACACGAAGAGAGAAACUGGCAAGCAGAAGAAGCUGAAGAAAGACGAUGACGACUUUGAUCCAGAUGGUGACGUGGACAUGAAGGAUACCAAUGCUGAUGAUGACUUUGUUGUGCCGGAUGAUGACGAGGAAGUUGUGGAAGAUAAGCCUGCGAAGAAGACACCCGCAAAAGCCAGCAAGAAGCGCAAAUCUGCUGCGUUAGACGACGAUCACGAGGAUGAUCUGGAAGUCGAGGAAGCAAAGCCUACGAAGAAGCGCGCUCCUCCGGCCAAGAAAUCCACUCCUGCGAAGAAGGCGAAGAAGGACGAAGUCCAGGACAGUGCUGAUAUCAAAGCUAUUUUUGAUAGCAUUCCUACUAUCGAUCCACCACCUCCGCCACCAAAGGCUGACGAUGACGGAGAGAAGAAGAAAUUCCAGUUCGGUCAACAUGCCAACUCAGCCGUACCUGCAGGAGCUUUGGAUGCUUCUGAUAUCCCACACGGGGCAGACAACUGCCUUGCUGGUCUCACAUUCGUCUUCACUGGCCAAUUGUCACGUUUGGGUAGAGAGCAGGGGCAGAAUCUCGUCAAACAAUACGGCGGAAAGGUAACGACCGCCCCGUCCAAGAAGACCAGCUAUGUCGUUCUCGGCGAAGACGCUGGUCCCAAGAAGUUAGAGACGAUCAAGCAACACAAUCUCAAAGUCAUCAACGAAGAUGGACUCUUCGAGCUGAUUCGACGCUUACCUCCGAAUGGCGGCGAUAGUGCGGCCGCAGAGAAGUAUGCCGAAAAGCAGGCGAAGGAAGAAGAGAACAUUCGUAAAGCUGCAGAGGAGAUGGAGAAGCAGGAGCGUGCACGAUUGGCAGCUGCGAAACCGAAGCCAAGCGCAUCAGCUGGAGCGGCUCAGAGCGACAAUCAAAAGAGCAAAGGCAAAGCUGCGGCUCAAGGCCCAGACACGCGGUUGUGGACCGUCCGAUAUGCGCCUCAACAGCUGGGUCAAAUCUGCGGCAACAAGACUCAGGUUGAGAAGCUGCAACGAUGGCUACGGGCUUUCCCGAAGAACCAGAGCAAGAGCUUCAAGCUGCCUGGUCCAGACGGUAGUGGCAUUCACAGAGCAGUCAUGAUCCACGGUCCUCCAGGUAUCGGAAAGACUACGGCGGCCCAUCUUGUUGCAAAGCUAGAAGGCUACGACAUUGUGGAAUCGAACGCCUCCGACACCAGGUCAAAGAAGCUCGUCGAGACAGGUCUGAAGGGAGUCCUUUCGACAACUUCACUGAUGGGCUACUUCGCGCAAGGGUCCGAUGAGGUCGAAGCCUCGAAGAAGAAGCUGGUACUCAUCAUGGACGAAGUCGAUGGAAUGAGUGCUGGUGAUCGAGGUGGUGUCGGGGCCCUGGCCGCUGUCUGCAAGAAGACUCAGAUCCCAAUGAUCUUGAUCUGCAACGACCGCAAGCUGCCAAAGAUGAAGCCAUUCGACUUCUGUACGUAUGAUCUGCCCUUCCGGCGACCCACGACAGAUCAGAUUCGCAGCCGCAUUAUGACCAUUGCAUAUCGCGAAGGACUCAAGAUGCCAGCGAACGUUAUCAACGCGCUCAUCGAGGGCUCUGGUGCCGAUAUUCGACAAGUCGUCAACAUGGUCAGUACAGCGAAGCUUGAUAGCGAGAAUCUGUCGUACGAGGAUAGCAAAGACAUGAGCAAAGCCUGGGAGAAGCACAUCAUCCUUAAGCCGUGGGAUAUGGUCGGCAAAAUCCUAGGUGGAGGGCUGUUCAAUCCCGCCUCCAAGUCAACGCUCAACGAAAAAUCGGAACUAUACUUCAACGAUCAUGAAUUUGCGCCUCUGAUGCUGCAAGAGAAUUAUUUAGGCACCAACCCGCAGCGUUCGAACAUGCACAGUAGCAAUUCGAAGCUCAAGAAUCUUUCCAACCUGGAUCUUGUCAGCAAGGCCGCUGACUCUAUUAGUGAUGGAGAUCUCGUGGACCGCAUGAUACACGGAAGCCAGCAGCAAUGGUCCUUGAUGCCGACUCAUGCAAUCUUCUCUUUCGUCAGACCUGCUAGCUUUGUCUACGGUUCAAUGGCUGGACACCAGACUCGCUUCACUUCCUGGCUCGGCAACAAUUCGAAGCAGGGCAAAUUGUCUCGUUUUGUGAAGGAGAUCCAAGGUCACAUGCGUCUGAGGACUAGCGCCGAUAGACAUGAGAUACGACAGACGUACAUGCCUAUCCUUUUCGAGAAGCUUGUCAAGAGACUUCAGAAAGAUGGCAAAGAUGCUGUGCCGGAGAUCAUCGAGCUUAUGGACUCUUACUUCUUGACCAAAGACGAUUUUGAUGCCAUUAUGGAGCUUGGCGUGGGCAGUGCUGACCAGGAAAAUAUUAGGAUUGAAACGCAGGCCAAAGCCACGUUUACGCGACUGUAAGUUUAGGACUGUCUCACCUGCUGUUGGAAAAAGAACUAACUUCAAACAGGUAUAAUCAACAGUCUCAUCCUCUGCCGUUCAUGAAAGCAUCUGAGGUCGUUGCUCCGAAGAAGGCUCCUGCCAAGGAGAAGCCAGAUCUUGAAGAAGCUUUCGAAGAGUCUGAAGAAGAAGCCGUCGACGAGGGUGAGGCCCAGGAGGAGGAGGAAGAUGUGGAUUUGAGCAAGGACAAGUACGUCAAGCAGCCGAAGAAGAAGAAGGCUGCGGCUUCCAAGGCGGGCGGCAGCAAGAAGAAAGCCAAAGAUGACGACGAUGAUGACGAGGACAAGCCGAAGAAGGGCAAAGGCAAGGGCAAGGCGAAGAAGUGA